AUGGAGUCCAAAUUUGUUGGAGAUUGGGAUCUUAUUUCUUCGGAAAAUUUUGAUGAUUACCUUGCUGAUGUUGGCGUUGGAUAUUUGCAGAGGAUGAUGGCAAAUACUGUUGUGCCGAUAAUUUCGAUUAGCGUUAAGGAUGACGAGUGGGAAAUAAAAACAAUAUCGGCAAUUAGGACGAUUGUAUUUCAGUUCAAAUUAGAAGAAAAGUUUGAGCAUACUACUCCUGACGGCCGAGAAGCAGUCAGUAUAGUUCACAAGAUUGAUGGGGAUAAGCUGGAACAGAUACAGAACGGAAAAGAGGAUAAUGCUGUCGGGUCCCGAAUCGUUCGGUACGUCGAUGACGAUGAUCAUUACAUUGUAGAAUUGACGGCAAUGAAACCUGGAGCCGUCAUUGCACGACGUGUUCAUCAAAGAAGGGUCUCAUGA